AUGUGCCUAUUUGCAGUCACUGCCUCUACCACCACUACCAGCAGAGUAGUGGAUUACUAUGAAGUUCUAGGAGUGCAGAGACAUGCUUCACCUGAGGACAUUAAAAAGGCUUAUCGAAAAGUGGCACUAAAACGGCACCCUAAUAAAAAUCCAGAAAAUAAAGAAGCCGAGAGAAAAUUCAAAGAAGUAGCAGAGACAUAUGAGGUAUUAUCAAAUGAUGAAAAACGGGACAUUUAUAAAAAACAUGGCAAGGAAGGAUUAAAGGCUGGAGGCGAAAGACAUUUUGAUGAGUCCUCUGAGUAUGGCUUCAUAUUCCAUAAGCCAGAUGUUUUUAAAGAAAUUUUUGGUGAAAGGGAUCCAUUUUCAUUUCAUUUCUUUGAAGACUCACUUGAAGACCUUUUAAACCAUCCAAGAAGCUCCUAUGGAAGCAGAAACAGAGGUGCAAGAUCCUUUUCCUCUACACCCAGGGAGUGUCCAGUUUUUGAGAGAUUUUCUUCAUAUGAUACAGGAUAUACACCACAUGGUUCACUGGGCCGUGAGGGCUUUAGCUCCUUCUCAUCCCUGGCAUUUGCUAACAGUGGGAUGAGCAAGUACGUAUCUGUUACAACUGCAGGUAAAACUGUUAAUGGCAGAAAGACCAACACAAAGAGAAAUACUGAGAAUGAUCAAGAAAGGGAAGAGGGUGAAUUAAAGUCCUUUCUUUUAAACGGUGUGGCAGAUGAAGAGGGCUUUGCAGAAGAAGGCAGCUGGAGAAGACAGUCGUUCAACAGUUACUCACCAAAGCCCUACAGCCCCAAACAUGUAUCUCAAUACACUUUUAUGGACAACGAUGAGCAAGGUAUACCUUGGGUCACCAGCAACUGGAAUCCUUCUAUUUUCUCAGCAGGACUCAAAGAAGGUGGCAAAAGGAAAAAAAAGAAGCAUAAAGAAGCACAGAAGAAGUCAACCAAAGGAAUCGUUAAAUUGACUCUUCAGACAUAUUACGGUCAUGUAACAUUUGAACAACUCUUUGUGUUUGGUUAA